AUGCCCGCCAUAUUUGUAUUGGACUAUCCGGAAUUUGGAUUUCAUGCUCAUUUACAUGUUCAUAGUUAUGACAAUGGGUAUUUGGUUUGUUUUCCUGACAAACCAUCAUUUUUGGAAAACAAGAAAAUGUUGAAACGGUGCAAGAUGUUUUUUUCGCUGUAUAAGCAUAAGGGAUUGUGCUCUUUGAGAGAGACGAGUAAUUUAAGUUCAGAAUUGAAAACAGACAUGGAAACAAUGUCUAGCAGCAUGGAUGUGAAAAAAUGUGAUGUUUUUCCUUUCCCCGGGAAUGUAAAACAAAUUGAGCAAGAUUGUUUAGAUAAAUUACACAAGAAGAAACUAUCCCGUACAGCAAUUGAGUUUCAGAAUGAUGUCAAAUGGGCCUUGGAAGGGCAUGAUUUUCAACUGCUUGGAAGAGAAAACCCAGAGAGUACCGAAAAGUUAGAGUUGCCAGAUAAUGACGUAGAAUUUACAGAUAAAGGGAAUUCAGAAUUGAAAGAUGCUGAUGACGUAGAAUUUACAGAUAGAGGGAAUUCAGAAUUGAAAGGUGCUGAUGACGUAGAAUUUACAGAUCGAGGUAAUUCAGAAUUGAAAGGUGCUGAUGACGAAGAAUUUACAAAUAGAGGGAAUUCAGAUUUGAAAGGUGCUGAUGACGUAGAAUUAACAGAUGGAGGGAAUUUAGAUUUGAAAGGUGCUGAUGACGUAGAAUUAACAGAUGGAGGGAAUUCAGAUUUGAAAGGUGCGGAUGACGUAGAAUUAACAGAUGGAGGGAAUUCAGAUUUGAAAGGUGCGGAUGACGUAGAAUUAACAGAUGGAGGGAAUUCAGACUUGAAAGGUGCUGAUGACGUAGAAUUAACAGAUAGAGGGCAUUCAGAUUUGAAAGAUGCUGAUGACGUAGAAUUAACAGAUAGAAGGAAUUCAGAAUUGAAAGGUGCUGAUGACAUAGAAUUAACAGAUGGAGGGAAUUCAGAAUUGAAAGGUGCUGAUGACGUAGAAUUAACAGAUAGAGGGAAUUCAGAUUUGAAAGAUGCUGAUGACGUAGAAUUUACAGAUAGAGGGAAUUCAGAAUUGAAAGGUGCUGAUGACGUAGAAUUUACAGAUCGAGGUAAUUCAGAAUUGAAAGGUGCUGAUGACGUAGAAUUUACAGAUAGAGGGAAUUCAGAUUUGAAAGGUGCUGAUGACGUAGAAUUAACAGAUGGAGGGAAUUUAGAUUUGAAAGGUGCCGAUGACGUAGAAUUAACAGAUGGAGGGAAUUCAGAUUUGAAAGGUGCGGAUGACGUAGAAUUAACAGAUGGAGGGAAUUCAGAUUUGAAAGGUGCGGAUGACGUAGAAUUAACAGAUGGAGGGAAUUCAGACUUGAAAGGUGCUGAUGACGUAGAAUUAACAGAUAGAGGGCAUUCAGAUUUGAAAGAUGCUGAUGACGUAGAAUUAACAGAUAGAAGGAUUUCAGAAUUGAAAGGUGCUGAUGACAUAGAAUUAACAGAUGGAGGGAAUUCAGAAUUGAAAGGUGCUGAUGACGUAGAAUUAACAGAUAGAUUGAAUUUAGAUUUGAAAGAUGCUGAUGACGUAGAAUUUACAGAUAGAAGGAAUUCAGAAUUGAAAGAUGCUGAUGACGUAGAAUUAACAGAUGGAGGGAAUUCAGAUUUGAAAGGUGCUGAUGACAUAGAAUUUACAGAUAGAGGGAAUUCAGAAUUGAAAGGUGCAUAUGAUGAUGAAUUAACAGAGAGAAGGAAUUUAGAUUUGAAAGAUGCUGAUGACAUAGAAUUAACUGAUAGAAGGAAUUCAGAAUUGAAAGAUGCUGAUGACAUAGAAUUUACAGAUAGAGGGAAUUCAGAUUUGAAAGGUGCGGAUGACAUAGAAUUAAGGGAUAGAAGGAAUUCAGAUUUGAAAGAUGCUGAUGACGUAGAAUUAAGGGAUAGAAGGAAUUCAGAUUUGAAAGGUGCUGAUGACAUAGAAUUAAUUACUGUCAAUGUAGAAAACACUUAG